AUGGGUAAAUUCGCCAAAAUGCUAGGAAAUGCCUUCAAUGCUGCAUCAGAGUUCGUCCACGGCCACAUAUCGAAUCAACCGAAACCGUCGCAUCAUAAGAGAGAUCUGUCGGACGGCAAUAUCAGCUACAGGGCUGCUACGGCCAUGCUUGCAAGCACGAGUACCACUCCGACAGUCAGUCGACCGUACGUGGCAGCAGCGGUAGCAGGCAGUCCUAGCACUCCCCCGACCUCAGCUCCUUUCUACACGGGCUUGAACGGCGUCAAUCUCGAAAGGGACCAGAAGCUCGUCCAGAUGCUGUGGAUGUCCAUCGUCGCCGCCGUUCUCGUCGUGUUCGCUAUCCGACUGGCACAGCUCUUUGUGUCAUACAUCCGCAACAUCUCCUGCAUGACGACCGAGCGGCCGUCUCAACAGAACUACUUCAGCGUCGACCGCUCCAGGCUCUGGGCAUGGCUGAAGAGGCACCUCAUUUACGCCCCGCUUGGCAAGAAGCGACAUAAUCGAGAGUUGCAGCUCUCUGGUGCUGUCAACUACGGCACGCUGCCCAGCCGAGUGCACACUCUGAUUCUGGCCCUCUAUGCCGCCACCAACAUCGUCUACUGCUUGAUUCUCGACUGGCACAAUCCGCAGAAGGGCGCCCUCUACGCUGAGCUGCGUGGGCGGAGCGGCAUCCUCGCCACGGUCAACCUGAUCCCACUGAUUGUCCUGGCCCAGCGGAAUAACAUCGCAAUCCCAAUCCUGCGCGUCAGCUUUGACACCUUCAACCUCUUCCACCGAUGGAUAGGACGCUUAGUGGCUGUCUUGUCGCUCAUCCACUUCUUCGCUUGGCUUGCCGCGUACAAGUUGGCCAAGGGAGAUCAGGCGACAAUCCGGAUCUUCAAGAAUGCUCCGUUCCUCGACUACGGCUUGCUUGGACUAAUUGCAAUCGUCAUGCUACCACUGCAUUCACUAUCUCCCAUUCGGCACGCCUUCUAUGAGACAUUCCUGCACCUUCACCAAUCGCUGGCGUUCCUCACUCUGCUUGGGAUCUACGUCCAUCUGGACAUCAUGCAUCUGCCUGCGUACCCUUCGAUCUUGACAGCGGUGCUGCUAUUCAUGGGCGAGAGAAUCCUGCGCAUCGGCCGCAUCGUCUACCUCAACUAUUCACGUGCAGGCGGCGUGACCACGGCCUUCGUCGAGGCACUCCCUGGCGAGGCAUGCCGGGUGACGUUCCAGCUCCCGCGACAAAUCACCAUCCGACCGGGCAGUCACAUGUACGCAUACCUCCCCUGCGUGUCUCUGUGGAUGUCCCACCCCUUCUCGGUCGCAUGGACGAACGUCGAGUCUGAACCUCCGAUUGCAGACCACGAUCUCUUACCCCACCGACCUUCCACGCCAAACUCCCUAGAACGACAAUCGGUCAUGAAUCUAGUGAGGCAGGCUCCGACGAGUAUAUCGUUAGUCAUUGUCGCACGCACAGGCAUGACGAAGCAACUGUACGACAAGGCCCGCGCCGCUCCAGAGGGGCAGCUCAAACUGCGAGGCUUCCUCGAGGGCCCCUACGCCGGACACGACUCGCUGGUCAGCUACGGCACGGUGGUCAUGUUCGCCGGCGGCGGCGGCAUCACGCACCAUCUGAUCCAGAUCCGGCAUUUGCUGGCCGGCGCGCGGGCUCAAACGGUGGCGACCCGCCGGAUCGUGCUGGUCUGGUCGAUCCGCGACGUCGAGUGCAUGGAGUGGGUGAAGCCGUGGAUGAACGAGAUCCUGCACAUGGAGGGCCGGCGCGACGUGCUGAUGAUCCGGGUGCACGUGAGUCAGCCGACGAGACGGAUCGAUCGGAGCAAGAGCAAGAGCAAGCCCACCAUGCAGAUCAUCCAAGGGCGGUGCGAUCCCGGUGCUGUGCUUGAUGAGAUCUUGCCCACCAGGAUUGGAGCCACUAUGGUGAGUGUGUGUGGGCCUGGGGCUUUGGCUGACGAAGUCCGAGCAGCCGUCAGGAGCAGGAUUGGUCUGGGGAACCUGGAGUUGAACGAAGAGAGCUUCACAUGGUAG